AUGCAUGCAAGGAAGAUGGCACACUGGCCGGACAUGCGUCGUGUCGAAGCGACAGCCCAGCAGCCAAUCACCAGUAGCCAGACCAGGGAUUGCAAAGCGCAACUCUUGGAUGAUAUUCCAUACUCAUACUGUACACAACCACCCAGGGGCUGGCUGGCUGACCUGGCUGACUGGCUGGCUGACCUGGCUGAAUGGACUCUGUUCUACUUCGUACUGGUUCCUCUACUCCAUAUAGUAUCUAUCCUCUGUCCAACCUGUGUUACGGUCAAGGGGAAAAGAAGAGAGAAGGUUCCCAAGGGGCGGGGCGCUUAUGCAGGUGGUGUGCCAAAUGGUGCCGCCCCCGUUACGUCGCCCAGCUGCAGGUCAAACAAAGUCUAUUGUAAUAGCAUGUCCCAGCUACUCUAUACUGGGGGUACUAGAUGGGACAUUACCAUGUAG